UUUUUAAAGAGACCGCGCGUGUCAAAACAACGCGCCUGUCCUGAUUGGUCGGCGGCGGGCACGUGACUUCACAGCUGAUUUCCGCGGAUGGCGUGUUUUCGCAGGAUCAGAUGCUCGUCUUCACCUCUGCGAGGCAUGAAUGCGCCUCUCGUCGCCGUCGGAUCAGCCGUGGCUCACUGACACACUUCUCCCCCAGACAGCAGACGCACAGCAUGGCCCAGGCUGCCCAGAUGAACGUCCUCGAAAUCAACACCCCUCUCCGAGUGGAGCACGACAAGAAAAGACGACAAUUCAGCAUCCGACUGAACGGUUCCCAUGACAGGGCUGUUCUGCUGUACGAGUAUGUGGGCAAGAAGACCGUGGAUCUGCAGCAUACGGAGGUUCCUGAAGCUUACCGAGGACGAGAGAUCGCCAAACACCUCGCCAAGGCUGCAAUGGACUUUGUGGUAGAGGAGGACCUAAAAGCCCAUUUAACCUGCUGGUAUAUCCAGAAAUACGUCAAAGAAAACCCUCACCCCCAUUACCUGGAGCACGUCCUUCACUGAGAGCCAGAGAUGGGGGCAGUCUCCGUUCUAAUAGGAUGAUUUGGGAUUGGGUGGGAUGGGUAUCUUUUGGGAUUCCCUAAUCUGUCUGACUGGUCUUGAAACUCCACGAAAAAGAGAGGGAGAGAGAGGUGUAUUUAUUUGAUUGCGAGUGAGUGCGAUUUUUAAGCGGGGGAGAGAUCUGAAAAUACAAAGCGUUUUCUUAGGACAGAUAAGAGUGUGGACUUUGAGGUGGGCCAGUUUCCCAGUGACUUAAGCGGACUUUCAAGCCAAUCCAGAGAAAUGAGAGGAUCGUGACCCCUGUUAUGAACUCAAACGAAACUGUUUGAAGUGACCGUAAGAGUGACGUUAGACUCCAUAUGCCUCUCUGGCCUUACACCUUGAGAUUUAGUGGUGCUCACGAGAGAGAUACAUGUGUAUUCACAUGCGCAGAACGCGCACACUCAGCCUGGCGUGGAGUUUUAGGGACGUCACAAUCUAACCGUCCUGUCAGAAACGACUAUUUUCUUCAGUGCAUGUUCUAGGCUGAUCUUGUGCUUUUGCAUGUGUGUAUCUGUGUAUACUAUGGCCAGUGAGGAGCUCAGACUCUGGAGACAAUCGCCUGCCCAUAUAUUCGCCGGGCUGAACCUCUCAGGAUGCACACUUUAUAAAAACAAUAAAGCACCUCUGCAUAGGGGAUUCUGUUACAUGUGGUUGGAUGCAGUGUGUGUGUGAGAGAGAGCGCAUACGUGAGUAAGCCAAUAUGAGUGUAUGAAUGCCAGUGUAUGUUAGUUACUCCCAAAAUUCCCAGGGUCUUAUUAAAAGUCAGUUGAUUAACUGCCUUGAGCAAGAUCGGUUUGCAGGGUAGGCAGCAAACAGAGCAGACCAUCAUGCCAUGUUCUGUGCUGACACCAGUGAUGACAUAAUGAAGGCUAUCUUCUUUUCUUUUUUUAUAUAUAAAGCAACUGGGCUCUGUUAUGUCAAAUCGUGAUGUAAUACAGAAUAAAGAUGCCUGAAAUUCAUCUGUUUUUACACACUUAUGUACUCUUAAUAUUACCAUCCAUUGUUUUGAAUAAAAAAAGAAAAAGUUA